ACCUGACAACUAAUCUAGUUUAUCUAUCCAAUUGAAUAACUACAAGGUAAACAAACCUCCCAGGCUGCAGACCCCCAUGUGGCCCAAGUGGCCACGUUGCCUUUGGGCAGCAGGUGGCUUGCACCCCCUCAGAGCGCCUACCCAUUUUGCAAUACCUCUCUUCCCAUCAGUGACAGAGCUCACUCUCGUUUCCCUCCUUACUCUUCGGGAGAAGAUCCAGCAGCUCUCCAACAAUGCCUCUGGAGUCCCAAGACUUGGGAUUCCUGCAUAUGAAUGGUGGUCGGAGUCUCUUCAUGGGAUUGCCAGGAACGGCCCUGGGGUUUCCUUUAACGGAACUCUUGGAGCAGCCACAAUUUUCCCACAAGUUAUUGUCAUUACCACUUCUUUCAAUAGGAGCCUGUGGUUCAAGAUUGGAUCGGCUAUAGGAGUUGAGGCGAGAGCCAUGUACAAUGUUGGGCAAGCUGUGUUGACAUUUUGGGCGCCCAAUAUUAACAUUUUAAGGGAGCCCAGGUGGGGACGGGGCCAGGAGACUCCCGGGGAGGAUCCCAUGGUUGCUUCAGCUUAUGCUAUUGAGUUUGUGCGGGGUUUUCAGGGUGAGUCCGUGAGAAGUAGUAGUCAACUUAGACAUGGGUUUGAGAAACAAGGGUGAUGAGAGAAGAUGACCACGGGGAUGAUGAUGGACUUAUGCUCUCUGCCUGUUGCAAGCAUUAUAUUGCUUAUGACUUGGAGAAGUGGAAGAAUUUCAGCAGAUAUAACUUCAAUGC